GCUACCGUAUGUGUGACGCCCGACACCGAACCACGAACUGAGAACCAGGACCCCAAGACAGGUGACGUGCUGGAAAUAACUUCAUAUCUGCUCACUACUAGAUCUCAAGCAGCGAGUUCAACACAGCCGCCUGGAAAAGUGACGAAUUUUGGUGCAGAGUUUACACGGAGCGAUAUCUCCCCUCUACUACUAUAAAAGAAAGUUAACGUAACCGUCGCUGGAAAUAAUUAGCAGGAUAGAUAUACUGUGAAAAAAACUUCUUGCUCGGAAGCAUGUCGCCUCCAACAAAACCGAUCGCCGUCAUUGAGCGAAAGUGGUCUCGCCUCCUCCUGCUGAACUACGCCUGGCUCGCCACUGUUGGGAUAUCUGGUAUUGUACUCAUGCCCCUGUUGAUCGUGAGCCACCGUUUCCAAGAAAAAUUCUUCGCUUUCAUCUACGUGAUCCUAAUGCGUUUCGCGAACAGCGAAGUGGCCGUGAUGCGACGAGCCAUCAUGUCCCACCUCAACGAGAUGUCCCCGCAAAAGCCAUCGUCGAGUGUCCGCGGUUCACUGCGCGUCCUGGAAGUCGGAGCAGCCUACGGACCAAAUCUCGAGUUCAUUCAGCGACCCGUCGAGUAUUGGACGGUGGAGCCCAACAGAAGCUUCGAGGAUACCUUCAGGCGAAACAUUAAAAGAAAUCCGAACGUGGAGAUGAAGCAAUUGAUCACCGGACACGGGGAGGACAUGCAUAUGUUGCCAGACGGCUACUUCGACGCAGUUGUCCUCUUCUAUGUACUCUGCACGGCAAAGGACGGAUCUAAACUCCUGAGCGAAUGCAAGCGUGUAUUAAAGAAGGGUGGUCGCCUUCUCUUUGCUGAGCACGUCGGCUACAAGAAAGGCACCUUCUCAAGGUUUAUACAAGAUACCCUGACCCCACUGAGCAAGAAAUACUAG